AAAAAGUCAUGUGAUCCAGCUGGCAUUGUAGUCCCUGCAUCCCCUCACUCGCCCAGCCACGCAAUGCAAUCCUAAACAAGAUUGAUACCAGUGUCAUAAACCUCAUGACAGAUGAACAGCUAAGGGAUUAUCUGCCAUCAUAUGGUGAUCGGCUGGCUGUUUUUGGAUACUGCAGACGCAAGGAAAACGAACCAAGGAGUCGCAAAAUGAAGGUUUUUGAGCGGCUUAGAGGAAAACUAUCAAGAAGCAAGGGUGAUCAUGUGCCUGAAAGAGAACAUCACACCAUUCCAAACAACGCCCAAAAGAAUCAGAGAAAAAUUGAGAUAGGAUGGAUGCAUUUCAGAGAAAGAGGAUUUGUGCAGGUACGCACCAAAAAGGGUGGAGGGACCAGAAAAAAGAGUGUCUCAAAGGAAAGUAAAAAAGAGAACUUACUAGAAAAGGCUCUGCACUUGUUUUUUCCAGAUGGAAAAAAUGCAGAGGGUACCCUUACUGAUUUUGACAUUGAUUUGACCGAUUUUCAGCAGCAUUCAUUGGACGAUACUAUCACAGUUGGGGAACUGUAUGAAAAGACAAAGUUACCUCUCUUAGGUUUCUAUUUAACAACCAAGAAGCAAGACAUACAUCUGGAGGAGGAAGAUAGUGAUGCAACCACAGAAGGUGAAAACACACAUGUUAGAUCUGAUAACCAUCACAGCUCUCCAGCAGAAGCAACAGAUGUGGAGAUAAAUACCCCAGAUAUCAUUUUUGUUGGAAACAGCACAGUAUUUACAGAUGCAAGGAGUGAGAGUGUGUCCCUUCUCUAUACCACGGUUGACCCAACUGAUUUACGUAGUUUCCCUGAACAUGAAACAUUACUUAAUUUGGAUGUCUUAGAGGAUAGUGACAUUGUAACUUUCCCCACACAAAGCGUCUAUGUAAGUGAGUACUCCAGUCUUGAUGAUACAUUGCCUCAGGAACCACCUUUGCCUCCUUCCACGGAUAUAGGACAGGAACAAGCCCGUCAGAGAGAAGGACUAAAGAAAAUUGUUGUUCUUCAUCGUGGACAGAUUCUUAAAGAACUUAUUCAAGUUUUUUUGGAGGAAAGAAUCAUGGAGGAUAACCUUUACUUUCAACAAAAAGCUGUGGAUGAUGGAGGUGUUUUGAGGGAUGUCCUGUCAGAAUUUUGGAAUGACUUCUAUGAGCAGUGCACUUUGGGAAAUGUCUUCAAAGUGCCAUACCUACGUCAUGAUUUUCGUGAACAAGAAUGGGAAAGUGUAGGCUGAAUUAUCACAUUUGGCUGGAAAAAAGAGAAGUACCUUCCUGUAAAUCUUGCACCCGUGCUGUUGGAACAAGCUCUUUUGGGCUUUGUGGAGAGUGAUAUUGUGGGCAUCUUUUUCAAGUAUGUGUCAGAGUCUGAGCAAGUGAUCCUUGAAUCAUGUCGUUUACAUUUUGAAGAUGUUGACCAGGAAGAACUGUUGGAAAUUAUGGAUAUUCACAACUGCCGGAGGCUUCCAACAGCAGAUAACAUUGAGCAAAUCUUGAAGGAGCUUGCUCACCAGAAAUUGAUUCAGGAGCCUUCUUUUGUGAUUAAACAUUGGAAGAAAAUGCUCAGACCCAUUAGAUCAGAGUUAAAAGGGAUUUCAGCAAUCUAUGAAGAGCUACAACCGACAUCACAAAAGAUCAUGAGAUCAAUUAUUUACCCCAGAACCCAGAAUGCCAAGGAGAAACAAAUUGUUAAGUAUGUAAGCACAUAUCUUAGAGAGUCAGACACCCAGCACCUCUCCUUUUUCCUCAGAUAUUGCACUGGAUCAGACUUGUUCAUAGGCAAGAGCAUCACUGCCACCUUCUCACAACUUCAGGGAUUUCAGAGAAGACCUGUUGCUCAUACAUGUGGCUGUUUCUUGGAGUUGCCAGUCAGUUAUGACAGCUACCCAGAGUUUUGACAUGAAAUGAACAAAGUCCUAGAAAGCAGUGUGUGGGUAAUGGACAUUAUCUAAGAUAAAAAGAUUUCAGCCCAAAUGUGCUUGACUCACCUCAGAGGCUCAGGAUUAGGUUUGUAGGUUUUCAGAUUAAAUUUGGGUAUUAAAGUAAUAACUACAGACACCAUGUUUUACCUUACUUUAGUAUCACAGUUUUAAAAGACCAGUGUGUAGAAAUUAGUGACACCUUGUGGUGAGGUUGCUCACUGGCAACCAAUAGAAUACAACAAAAGAAGACACAACAAUCCUUAGUUUCUGAUGAUUAAACAAUAAUAACAUUUGAUUUCUGACUAUAAAUCUCCCUAAAUUCUACCUAGUGGUCCUUUAACAUGCUUUCAACAUUCUUCUGCUGCCACUUUUAAGUUGUUCAUCAUUGCUUUCAAUUUAAGAAAUUUAAAGAAGUAUGUUUCAAUGCCGAGUACUGUGAAUACCUUUAUUAAGUACGAUGUUUAAGAAUUAUGGUGUAGACUUCACCAACAAAUUAGUUAUUUCAGACAACAUAUUACGGUUAUAACAUAAAUUUCUUGUUCUAAUGUCAAUGGUAAUUUUUGAUGAGAGAGAAAAAUGAAGGAACUUAACCAUCUGUGCUCUGGUUUGACACAUUCACAACUGGUGUUUUUUGAAGCUUGAAAGAAUUUGUUCAGCUUAUUGUACCUUGGCUCCAUAACACAAACACAGAACAACAAGCCUCCGUCUUAUUUUUGGGAAAUCCCCACUUUAAGCUUCACUCUAUUGUCGACACAUUAGAGAGCUUGCAUCUUGCAUAAGUUUACCUACUUCUACUUUUUUUAUUGAUACGACAGGGUAAUGUCAUUAUAUGUCAUGUUUGCAUAACCUUUUUUUGUUCCAAAUGCACAUAUUUGUUUUAAUUUAAAAAACAUAAGCUUAUGAUAAAAAAUCAUUAUCAAAUGAAAUAUUUGUGUUAUUUUCUUGGUACAUUUAUUAUUUUCAGUUCAGAGUUUUUCCAGCACAUUUAUGUAAGUUAUUUUCUUUAUAACAAAACAGGUACCUUUGAUUUAAUACUCCUGUCAUUUCACAUCUCAAGCACUAUUUUUUCAGGUGCUGUUAUUGCUGGUUAUCAAAAGAGAGCAAGGCAUUCUCAACUGUUACAUAAGCCAAUAACUUUGUUACUGCUAUAUACUAUCUGCUGUAUAAGUUAGAUUACAUUGUAGUUAAAAUGAAAACAUAGCAGUUUUGUAUACUGUGAA